CUCGAACGCGCCUCACGCCGCCACAACCUCAGAGAUGUCCGCGAUCGCGAAGAAGAUCGUCCUCGUCGGCGGCGGCAACGCCGCGGGCUACUUCGCUCGCGCGGUCGUGGCCGCGGGAAGAGGCGCGGAGCUCACGAUGAUCGCGGCCGAGAACGUCCUCCCGUACGAGCGCCCCGCGCUCACGAAGGCGUUCCUUCACGCGGAGUCCCCCGCGCGCCUGCCCGGGUUCCACACCAGCGUCGGCGGCGGCGGCGAGCGGCAGACCGCGGAGUGGUACGCGACGCACGGCGUGGAGGUCAUCCUAGGGACGCGCGUCGUGGACGCGAACCUCGAAGAAAAGACCGUCGUCACCGACGCGGGGAAGUCGUACUCGUACGAUAAGCUCGUCGUCGCGAUCGGCUGCACCGCGCUGAAGCUCCCGAGCGCGAUCGGCGGCGACCUCCCGGGCGUGCACCGCGUCCGCGACGUCGCGGACGCGCUCGCGCUGUGCGACGCGAUGGACGGCUGCGCGAAGGGGUCCGUCGUCAUCGGCGGAGGGUACGUCGGAUUGGAAGUCGCCGCCGCGUUGGCGACGCGCGGGCUCUCGCCGCGCGUCGUGAUGAUGGAACCGCAUAUCAUGUCCAGGCUGUGGACGCGCGAGAUCGCGGAGAAGUACGAGAAGCUGUACGAAGCCAAGGGGACGACGUUUCAUCGCGGCGCGAAGGUUGCCAAAAUCAUCGCGGGCGACGACGGCCGCGCCGCCGGCGUCGAGCUCGACGGCGGCGCGACGCUCGAGUGCGACGUCGUCGUCGUCGGCGUCGGCGCGGGCGCGCCGAUCGAGCCGUUCGCGCGGCUCGCCGCCGCGCCCGCGCCGACGGGGGGCAUCGCCGUCGACGGCACGUUCGCCGCGUCCGGCGAGGGGAUCGAACCGAAGAGCGUGUACGCCAUCGGCGACGUCGCCGCGUUUCCGCUGAAACGCGCCGGCGGCGCGCUCAGGCGCGUUCUAUUGCACACUGGUCCCCAUACGACCGCUCGGAUGGAACACGUCGCGCACGCGCGCGCCUCCGCCGCGCACGCCGCGAAGGCUGUCCUCGACCCGUCGUCCGCGGAGACGUACGACUACCUGCCGUACUUCUACAGCCGGGUGUUCGAGCACGCCGGCAGCGAGCGGAAGGUGGCGUGGGUGUUUUACGGCGCGCAGCCAGAGGGCGCGGAGGUGGUGGUCGUCGGCGAGCUGCGCCCGAAGCUCUUCGCCGCGUGGAUCGAUCCCUCGGGCGCGUUCUAUAUAUCUCAGACUGACGGGACGACGCUCGUCGGCGCGAUGCUCGAGAGCGGCGACGGCGAGGAGGUUGACGUCGUGAAGUCCGCGGCGGAGAGGUGCCCGAAGGUGGACGUGGACGCGCUGAAGAAGUGCGCGACCGUGGAGGACGCGCUCGCGCUCGUCGCGGCGGCGUGA